AUGCAACUGCUAGCGAUUAUUUUCUUGAAUGUCAUCCAAUCCACGCUUUAUCUCGCAUCUGAGGAAUGUACUUCUCAACCUAGAAUUACUCUUCCUGGAAGAGCGUACUUGUACGUUGCGCUGUAUCCAAACUCUUUCGAUAUGGACACAUACAACAGUAGUUGGUAUGAAUAUGCUAGGAAAUGGAACAUAUCUCCCACUUCAAAGCAGUACAUUGGUCUAGUAGAACUUUUUGUGUGUGGUGAUUUGGAAAUUACAAGAAAAUCAAUUCUUUAUCUUUUGCUAGAUGCUUCAUUCGUGGAUACAGUAGGAAGAUCUAAAGUUAUCUCAGUAGGCAGCCAUCUGUCUGAAGAAUUAACAAUGGUUGUCGCUGAUAUGCUUCUACCUUUUAACAUACUGUUUAAUACAUAUGCAAAAGAAAUGAAGAGAAUAGAUGAAGAAAAAUAUCCACGUUUCACUCAGUUCAAUGUAAAUAAUAUUGGAGAAAAAGUUGUUUUAAUUUUAAGAAAGUUUCACCUCAAUCACAUUGUUUUCAUUGCUUUAGUAAGAGAUCAAGAAGAUGAGUAUUAUAAAGACGUGUGGUUUGAUUUGAUUAAUGAUGAUUUAGGUCUGUGCGUACAACGUUACAAUAUCUUACUCAAUGAUACAGAAAGAAUGAAAGAAGUCAUCACGCUUAUUAAGCAAAAUCCAGAACAAAGAAUCAUUAUUUGCUACAGCUCGCAACACAUUUACAAAAAAUACUUUGUUAAUCUUGUUAAUAUCAGUGAGUCUUUAGGUUUGUCAGGACGAAGUUGGAUUUGGAAUCUUCAUUCACCUCGCGCUACGACUUUUGAAACAUUAAACAUUGUUGAUGGUGGAUUCAUUUUUUCUGGUCAGAGUACUUCAUUUUACAAUUCCUCGGAUAUUAAUUCCAUGACAUCCACCUCUAGAGAACUACCUGUACUUUUAAACAGAAUCCCUUUUAUAUUUAUUUUUUCUAUAGCAUUUAGCGUUUUUCAGACCUUCGGAGUAACAUUUAACUGGGGGGAUAAUUGCUAUUUCACCAAUAACAGUAGUGACAGACACAUUGAAUACCAAGUAAAUGAAUCUUUAUGGACAGCUUGCGCUAAGUUUGAGUUUCAUGCUAUCCCGGAUAGAUUUCAAUGGGGAGCACAAAGCACAGUUCCACCUUUAACGCGAUGUGAUAAACGAAUAUGUGCAGCUGGUCACACGCAAGUAUUGACUGUAUCUUCAGAUACAAAAAUGUACGGAAGCAAGUACUGGACGUGUAUUCCUUGUCCAAAGGGUUUCGUAAAUCCUGUUAGUGGAAAAGGUGAUUGCGUCAAAUGUCCGGGACUAAAUGUUUCCAAUAAACAGCGAACAAGAUGUUAUGAUCCAUAUCGUAACAGAUAUUUGAUGUACAACAGCACGCAUGGAAAGGUUAUACUGGCCGCUUCUGUAGCUGGUACAGUAAGCAACGUCGUUAUUGUCACAACAUUUUUUCUGCGUCGUCAAACUCCAAUUGUAAGGUCUUCAAAUUUGCUGCUUACUGCAGUGCAACAAUCAGUUCAUUUCAUCCUAUUUGUCGUGACACCAGUUCUCUUUUUGGGCGAACCGAUUCUCAUCCAAUGUAAAUUUCGACACAUCGUUGUUGGAUUAUUGCUUACGGCUAUAUGUUCAUCCGUGUUUCUGAAAAUUCAAAAGCUAAUGUUUGUUUUUCAUUCCAAAAUCAGACUUUCUGAUCAAGAAAAGGUUUUCGCUGCGUUGACGGAUGUAAUUUGGGUCCUUUUUCUAAGUUUGAUACAAAUUUUAUCCGCCGUACUUUCAUUGGUAAAAGAUCCUGCAGAAGUGAUCUUAUCCAUUAACGAAAAGACUUUGGUUAGACAAGUUAGUUGUAACACUGGAUCUCAUCUGAACCUACAGUUUCUAUGCAGUGUAAUCGUCAUGUUGAUAGUUGUCGUCCAAGGUUUGAGAGCGUGGAAGUUGCCUUCGUUUUUUAAUGACACAAAACUGAUAACACUUGCAAAUUUUAUAUCAGUAUUAAUGACGGGAUGUAUGAUUCCUUUGUAUUACAGUGCCAGUGACGAACGAGAAAAGGUUUUCUUGCAAACCAUGUUGAUUUUGUGUUGCAAUUCAAUUUUGCUAUUCGUAAUGUAUGGUACGAAGACAUACGUUGUGUUGUUCAAACCAGAAAAGAACACGAAGACUGCAUUCCGCAUCAAGAUGCAAGAACAUUCUCGUGAGAAAGUAGACUCGACAUUGAACAGCAAAAGUGUUUUGAAUAACACAGCAAAUAGAAUAAGUGUAUUAUAA